AUGGAAUCUCUUCGCCCUGCCUAUCUGGCCCCUCGCCGCGUCGCAACCGCCCCGAUACCAACACACUUGUCACGCCCGGCACCGUCCACAUCGGCCGGUGGCCUCGUCGAAACACUAUACAACCACCCCAAUGUCAAGAUCGUAGCAUUCGCUGCUGCUUCCAGAGGCCGAGCUCGGAGUCCAGGUCGUGGCCCUUCAGAUGAGCCCGGCUCUUUGUCUGCCCACUCGCAGCUGGAGAGGACAAUUGCCAUUGGGCCGUUCCGAAUAUACCGUACAGGAUCCGUCGCCUUCUUGAACUGCGGCUCUGCCCUGCAGCCAAUGUUGCCCAAGAGUCAAUGCUGGGCCCUAGCCGAAGACUCCAGCAAAUUCGUCCUACAAAUUCGCCGACCCAAUUACUGGAGGAUUGAGAUUCCCGUCACCAAUGCCGAUGAACUGGAAUUGGCAGCGGCACUGAAGGGUGUUUGGGAUCAAAUACUACAGUUCGAGAAGACGGAAUGCCCUUUCAAACGGUCCUUUACAGUCAUCCUCCCCGAGAAACCAAAAACACCCGUCAAAAAGCGACCAUGGACACCUCCAGUCAAACGAGCCCUGCCUGUCCUAUCGACCCCUGCUCACGAAGUCGAAGUGUCACCGACCCCGAAGGCUCUGACGCCUAACACCGGUAGGAGAGCUUCGACAUCUUCUCUCCGCGGUAGAAGCGAGCAACGCCGGCUCUCCACCGUCAGCAAUGACUUUCAUUCAACCUCAAGAUCCCGUGAACCUAGUGCCGAAAUACCGAAAGCGGCAGAGCCCAGGGAUGCCGCACUAACUCCCACGGCCGAGAGACCAGCCGCUGCGACAGAAUUGAAGAUUCUCAAGCGUGGAGCGGAGGCAACCCGCAAUAUCGACAGCAACAAUACGGCUCAAGAGGUGACUGAUCAGGGAGGUCCUACGUGUGAUCUGAUCAAGAUAGAGAAGACCGAGCCCAAGGAGAACCAUGAAGAGUCCAUGUUUGAGUACUCCAUCGCCGAGGAAGUGGAACCCGAAGACGAUGCUCAACAGCCAGAUCUGAAGGCUCCCGCCGAGGAGCUGUCAACAAAGUCACUAGGAAUCCAAGUUGCGAAUGGUGGCAUUGGUGCACGAAACAACGCCGGCGAAGAGGUGAAUGCCGCUGCGGUCUCGUCAGCGUCCCAUUUCGCCCCGCUACUCACAACCGUGACAGCCCCUUCGACAGAGACGGACGAUUGCGAAAAGGUCGCCCAGAGCCCUAGAGUUCCUCAAGCUUCUAUCAAAAUCGACGACUCAUUGACCCAGCCGAAGGAAAGCAAAACAGAUAUCCAGGUGGAGACUGUGGUGACUGUUGAGCGGCCAGUGACUGAUCGGCGACUGCAAAACGAUAUCAGGGAACAGCUCGUCACUGUGGAGGCAUUGCCCAAGACACCUCUGUCGGCUGAGGCAAGCACACCCACGCCUACUAACAUUUAUGACGUGAUCCGGAACUACGAGAUCAAGAUGGCCGCUGCGACUCCCGAGUCUACAUUGGCCACCGAACCUGUCGCUGAGCCCGAGACCGUGUGCGAGAAAUCUGCAGUGGAGACGGCGAAUACCAGCGGGAAUGGAUCAAGCAGCGAAUCACAGUCCGCGACCGACGAAGAGGCAGUUCUCGAGGGAAGCGGAGUUGUGGGUGGCAGAAGAAAGAAGCUUCGCGGGUUCCGAGCCGGCAGGGCUCUCGUUCCCCCACAGUUGACUCUCGUAACUUCGCCGCCCUCAAAGUCGGCUAUGAGAUCAACUCCGAUUCUGGAUGAAACCACUUCGCCUACCGGCUCUACAGACUCAUUCCACAGUUCAAAGUCGUGGCACUCGCCCGCUCACUCGCCAAUCACGCCUGUCCCAAGGUCUCCUGCCUCAGACGUGUCACCGACGAGAUUCCCAUACCCUCACGAUAACAUUUUGAUUCCCAAGAAGCCUUGGCACUACCGCGAUAUCUCCGAUCUGACUGUCACCCCGGAGACUCGGCGAACUUGGGAUGCGACUUCGUCCCUUACCGACGACAGCUCGCUAGAGAGCGCGGCCACCGCGCCAGACAUGGUGUCUGAGGUGGUUGAGCAGCCUGACAAGGUUGCCCUUUCCGAGGAUGAAGCCACAACCACGGCUGUUGUGCGUCGCCCUUACAUUCGACACAGGUCAACCACGAGCAGCAUUUCGGUCGGCCGCAAAGCGCUCUCCCCUCUGCCGACAGCGGCCAACCUUUUUGCGCCCACGAGCACUCAGGCGAGGUAUCAUCCCCUGAGAAGCCGCCUGGAACUUGUCCGCAGACUCCCCAUGGCCAUCGUGUCCAAGACCUGCGAGGUCCUUCUGGGUCCCCCGAGUCAUCUUAUCGCCCUGAUGCUCCAGGUGGCCGCUAAGAUUGCCGCCGGACAAUGGCGCGGUAUGAUGUUCGGGUUCGGCGAGGGCGGCGAGACGAUUCCCGUGCAAUGGGACUACUCUGAUGACGAGUACGAUAGCUGGGGCGAGAACGACGAUUACUAUCUCAGCCAAGUCGAAUCAUCGCGUGCGAACAGCGUGAUCGGGACUGACGACGGCGAGAAUGACGAGGCUACCGACAACGCGAACGGCACGGGUCGCGGGUGGGAGGUCGACUGA